AUGUCGGCAGCCCUCAACACCUCACCGCACCCGGCCCGGGCCAGCGGUAGCGGCAGCGGUAACAACAACAACAGCAACAGCAACACAAUGCUCGAAGCGCACAUCCACCACCCCCUCCGCGUGACUCUCCACAGGAUUCCCAUCCCGACGCCGCGCGCUUCCGAGGUCCUGAUCAAAGUUCACGUAUCCGGCAGCAACCCAAAAGACUGGAAACGACCUGUCUGGAACGCUGAAUACAACGGGACCAACCAAGGCGACGACAUUGCCGGGGUUGUGGCAGCCGUGGGAUCUGCCGUAACCCAAUUCCGACCGGGCGACCGCGUUGCCGCAUUGCACCACCUGCAAACACCUGGGGGAUCGUAUGCCGAAUACGCCAUCGCGCCAGAACACACGACGUUCCACAUCCCGGCGAGCACGACGUUCGAGGAGGCGGCGACGAUUCCGUUGGCUGCCAUGACGGCCGCCCUGGGAUUGUUUGUCCAGCUGGGCCUGCCGGAGCCGUGGGUUGCCAACGCACAUCCGGACAAUUUGCCCAAGGGUGGCAUCGUCAUCUACGGCGCCGCCAGUGCCGUAGGUGCAUUCGCCGUGCAGCUGGCCAGACGGGCGGGGAUCCAUCCGAUCAUUGCGGUUGCUGGCAAUGGGAUCCCUUUUGUACAGAGCCUGUUGAAGACCGAUACCAAUAUCAGCGCCUUCGCCAAUAAUGAAAGCGGUGGUGACGUGAUUGUCGAUUACCGCAAGGGCAAUGACAGUGUUGUGAACGAGAUCAGAGCCGCCGUUCCGAAAGGCCAGAAGCUUCAGUAUGCCUUUGACGCCGUGAGUGACGGGGCAAAAUCUUCUUACGCGAAUAUCUGUAAAGCCUUCAGUUCUCAGGAGGAGCAGGGCAGCGAUCAUGGUGCUGGCGACGGUUCUCCGCGGCUGACCAUGGUUCUGCCAGCAGCACACGAUGACCCAGACAUCCCCAGGACGGUGCAAAAGUCGUUGACUAUGGUGAGCAGCGUGUUUGGACCAGAUAAGGAUUUCGGGUAUGCCUGGUUCAGACUUCUUGAGCUGGGGCUCAAAGAUGGCUGGUUCAGGCCCCAUCCAUACCAGGUCGUCCCGGGUGGUCUGGACGGUAUUGAGGAGGGGUUGAAGGAUCUGAAGGACGGCAAGGCCAGCGCCACGAAGUAUGUGUUUCGGAUCGCCGAGACGAAAGAGCUGAGCGAGCGGACGGGUUAG